ACGGGCGGUGGCGCAGGGGCCGAGACGGCUGGAGAUGUCGCACUCUGCUCCGGGAGGAGACGACGAUCGGGUUCCCAGCCCACCGUUGCUUGACAUCAAGUCACCGGGGGCUUCCUACUCCAUCCCUGCGUCUGGCCAAGUGCGGCACCUUUCUCGUCGCGUCGUCAUAUAUAACCACGCCUACAUGAGCCCGUCCGAGUCCCUCCCCGCCCGUCAGGACUGCCACCACGUCUGCGCAGAGGAUGGCUGUUACACGGGCUUCCAUCACCAAGCACACUACAGCGUCGUCGCCACGGCCUCACAUUCUGUACAUCGUCGAGGUCGUCCACGACGAUGACACGAAGACAGAAGUGCCCCGACGCUAUUCCGAGUUCGUCGAUCUGCAUACGUCGCUCGGCGGCCCGCAAACGUUGCCGCCCAAACGCAUCCUCGUCACAUCCUUCAUACCCUCAGCAUGGGCAGACGACAAACUCAUCGCCGAGCGCAAGGAGGGCCUCUCCGCGUAUCUCUCCAAGCUACUUGAAUCCCCGGCCUACGCAUCGAGCCCUGCUCUGCUGAACUUCCUCGGCAGCACGCCGUCCAUCGCAACGACUACCUCGGACUUCAACCUCGAAGAUGCACUGCCCUCGACACUCUCCAGGAAUACCGCCUUGCACGCCAUGAAGGAGCUGGAGCGGGCACAGAGCACCACGCCGAUCGCCGCAGGGUACUAUCCCGAUUGGGCGACCGGGACCAUCGCUCCGCAGAACGUCGACUUCUCCAAGUUUGACGUCCUGUUGUUUGCGUUCGCAACGCCGAACUCCUCCAACGGUCUGAACUGGGACUCGGGUGCUACAUCGACCCUACAGACACUGGUCAGCAGCGCACACAACAGCGGCUACGACACGAAAGUCGUCCUCUCCAUCGGCGGCUGGAGUGGAGGCUACUGGUUCUCGCAGGUGAUGAACUCGUCGAAUAACGCAGCGUUCGUCCAGACCUGUGUCGACGCUGUGAACACCUAUAACCUCGACGGGAUCGACAUUGACUGGGAGUACCCCAACGAGACUGGGGCGGGCAACUUGCACUCCUCAGACGACGCCGCCAACCUCCUCACUUUCUUCACGUCCCUGCGCUCAGCACUGGGCUCAAGCAAGAUCAUCUCCGCCGCCGUGACCGACCUCCCUUGGAUCGGUUCCGACGGCAACCCCCUCACGGACGUCUCCGCCUACGCCCAGCAAAUGACCUACGCGAACAUCAUGAACUACGACGUUUUUGGCUCGUCGACCACCUCGCCUGGGCCCAACGCGCCCCUCGGGAACCUCUGCGGAAACUCCACAACGCCGCAGUACAGCGCGGAGGCCGCGUUCUCGCAGUGGACCGGCGCGGGCUUCCCCGCGGGCCAGCUCGUGCUCGGCCUCCCGCUGUACGGCUACGUCUCGCAGAGCAGCACGACGACGCUGACGGACUUCAAGCGCCCGGAGGCCGACAAGAGCAGUGCGAACGCCAGUAAGGAUGCGGGUGCGAGUGCGGGUCCGGAGUUGCGGGCGUACCGCCAGCGCGUCUUGGGUUUGGCGGGCAAGCAGGCCGACGCGUGCCCGAUCCCGGCGAAGGCUGGGAGCGCAGGUGCGCCGCCGAACUUCCUGAAGGGCGCGCAUCCGCGGGCAAAGCAGGGGGAGCAGGGGAAGGGCGACGUGGAGAGGGCGCAAGAUGCGGGUGACUUGAGCUCGUACUGGGGCCAGCAGAUCGCGUUCAACCAGAUCGUGGCGCUGGGCGCGCUGCAGGAGUCGAGCGGCGGGACGUUCACGCAGGCGAAUGGGUACACGGAAGGCUGGGAUAAUUGCAGUGACACACCGUACCUGUACGACACCGCCCGGACGACGGUCGUGGCAUACGAUGACACCUACUCCCUCGGUGACAAGGCGUCGUACGCCAAGAGCGCAGGGAUGGCGGGAUGCUUUACGUGGUCGCUCGACCAGGAUUAUAACUACGUCUUGCAAGAUGUCAUCCGGUCUAAUUUGGGGUUGUCCUGACCUGGAGCAGAGGCUGCGCGAGGAUACCACGUUUCUCUGUAUUCUGGAUUUUGUAUCAUUAGGUUGGGCUGAAAUGGAGGCGGGGCGAUUGCGAUCGUAGUGGGGGAAGGU